AUGUUGCGCAGAGCGUUACAAAGAAUAGUGAAACAACCUCAUUGUCUUAUCACACGAAAUUUAAGCACGAGCAAUGAUUUCCUAAGUGUUAAAGAAGAAAAUGGAACACGAGAAAUUACCUUAAAUCAUGAGAAAACUAGAAACUCCCUGUCUAUUGAUAUGAUGAAGCACCUCGUUGACGCUGUAAAUCGGAAUAACGAUGAUAUCUCUUUAAGAGCUAUUGUUCUUUCUGCAAAUGGCAAAAUUUUUUCAGCAGGUCACAACCUUAAAGAACUUCAAGAAUCUACAGGGAUUGAUCAACACAAGCUGGUAUUCAACAAGGCAUCAGAUUUAAUGAAAUCUAUUGUACAGAGCCCUGUACCUGUUAUAGCAAAGGUAAACGGUUUUGCAGCAGCCGCAGGGUGUCAAUUGGUAGCUACUUGUGAUAUAAUUAUAUGCUCGGAGACAAGUAAAUUCUCAACACCAGGAGCAAAUUUUGGUGUAUUUUGCUCAACUCCUGGUAUUGCUAUUGGUCGAAGCAUGCCAAAAUCAAGAGCAAUGUUCAUGCUUUUAACAGGUGAACCCAUAACAGCUCAAGAAGCUUAUGAAAGUGGACUUGUUACGAAAGUUGUUGCAGAAGAAAAUCUAGAUUCAGAAGUAAACAAUAUUAUCGAAAAAAUCAAACUGAAAAGCCGUAGUGUGAUAGCUAUAGGAAAAGAGUUUUAUUACAAACAAAUUGACAUGAGCCUCCUUGAUGCAUAUAGAUUGGGUGAAGAUAUAAUGGUUCAAACAAUAAACUCAAAUGACGGUCAAGAGGGUAUAAGGAGUUUUGUUGAGAAAAGAAAAGCAACAUGGUUUCACAAGUAA